GUAUUUUCAGUGCGGAACGCCCGUGCGCGCGGAAAUCAACGCACAUACAGCCAAAAUAAAAUAGCUGGCACAAAAUAAUAUAUAUUUUUAAAAUAGGAACGCGACAUGCACAAAAUAGACUUUAUUUUUUAUUUAAAUUUUCAUAGUUCAGUGAAUGUUGAUGUCUGAGACCAGUAUUUUGGAGGUUCGCGGUGGUUUUCGGUUCUAUCAACAUUGAUCCAAAGAUGUGCGUAGCCGCGUUGCGAGCUAGCUCAGUUGAUCGUGUGAGCCAACCUGUGAACGCGUCACGUCAGUGAACAAGAUGGCGGAGAAGGUCAGCUGAUCGGGGAGUCGCGCGCGCAGGCCAACUAGCAGGAGGAUUAAGCGCAUCAUGCAGGUGUUCGGCGAAUGGGCGCAAGUGGAGGUGGUGGAGCUGGUGAACGAUGGCUCGGGACUCGCGUUUGGUAUCGUUGGGGGGCGCUCGUCCGGUGUCGUGGUCAAGAGCGUGCUGCCCGGGGGCGUCGCCGACAGGGAUGGGCGCCUCCGCAGCGGAGAUAUGCUCCUGCGCAUCGGCGCUGUGUCAGUGGUGGGGAUGUGCGCGCGACAGGCGGCCUGUGUGCUGCGACAGUGCGGCGUUUGCGUGAGACUGCUUGUGGCAAGACCUGCGUCUUCCAACGCUGCGCCUACGCAGUCUCUUGGGGCAUCGCAAGCACCAGUGGUGCCGUCCCGUCUCCUGGCUGACCCCAUAGAACUGGAGCGGCGUCUGGCUGAAGCCGGCCAUGAUGGGUUCGGGGCGCUGUGUGAAGACACCAGCCCUCCGUCACCACCACCAACCAUCAUUGAAGAACGGCUGCAUCAUAGGCCAGUAGCGUCCAUAGUGGCUGUGGUGCCCCGCGGCGCGCUGGCUCCAGCGCCGCGACCCCCGCCUCUCAUCAUAGCCCCGACAGAAUCCCAGCCACCACCGAUGAGGUUACCACUAGACAUGGCGGUGCGGGGCAGCGGCGAACCUGAGACGUUGAGCUACGAGGUGAUGCUCAACAAGGAUUCAGCUUUAGGCCUGGGGAUCACCGUCGCUGGAUACGUCUGUGAACAAGAGGAACUGAGCGGCAUCUUCGUAAAGAGCAUCAGCUCGGGAAGCUCGGCCGACCUCUGCGGCAAGAUACAGGUCAACGACAGGAUUGUUGAGGUGGAUGGCGUGUCGCUGCAUGGGGUGACCAAUCACAGAGCCGUGGCAUUACUUAGAGAUGCCAAGGGCCCCGUGGUGAGGUUGAAAGCACUAAGAUACCUGCGCGGGGCGGGGUUUGAGAAGCUCCAGCGCGCGCUCGCGGCGCAAGAUGGCCGCCGGGAACCUAGAGCACCGCCCAGCCCGUCGGUGACUUCUCUCGCCAAGUAUAGUUUUAGUGUGUACGAUGAAUCAACGGUGAUAGAAGCGGAGGCGGACUCCGAGUUCCAGCCGCACCUCCCCUCCCCAUCCUCCCCGUCAGAGGAGGCAGAGAUCGUGAUCGGGAGGGAGGAGGAGACGCCGCAGAGGGAGAGGAGGAUCCAGGACAAGUGGCGGGAUGUGUUGCUGAAUGAUACGGACUGGCCCGGGAAUCAGCACGAGUUUGAUAUUAUCGUGGGCACAAUCAUGAAAGAAAAGGACGGCGGACUGGGCAUCUCGCUCGAAGGCACCGUCAGAGUAGUGGGGGGCAAGGAAGUGCAAGCGAGGCAUUACAUCAGAGCUAUAGCGCCAAAUGGACCAGUGGCGAAGUUGGGGGUGCACAGAGUAGGAGAUGAAUUACUUGAGGUGAACGGUUGGCGGGUACUAGGAGCGCAUCACGUGGAGGUUGUUACUCGGUUGCGAGCUGUGACGUCACCGGUGCUGUUGGUCUGCGUGAGGAAGAGGGACCAGACGAGGACUGCCGUGGAGAACAGCUUUGGAAGGAAUCAGAUACUCGGCGGAAGCUUGCAAGAUCUGCUGACUCCUCCGCAGAGGCUGAUCAAGGCUAAGUCCGAGAGUUCUGUCGCGUCGAUGUGCAGUGCCACCACGGUUAUGUCCGCGGGCCAUGAUCAUGAUGAAUUCUGCCACGAAGACCUGGAGAGACAACGGUCGAGAUCUUUGGAACCUCUCAGCGGACUCGCGAUGUGGAGCGACAAGAUCACGUACAUACAGCUGGUCAAGGAGGAACGGGGCUUGGGAUUCUCUAUAUUGGAUUACCUGGACCCGUCGGAGCCGGGCAGCUCGGUGAUCGUGGUGCGGUCGGUGGUGGCGGGCGGCGCGGCGGCGGCGGACGGCCGGCUCGCGCCCGGGGACCGGCUCGUGGCCGUCAACGGCCGCGACGUCGCGCGCUGCCCGCUCGCCGCCGCCGUGCGCGCCAUCAAGGGGGCGCCCAGAGGAAUAGUGACAAUCGGCGUGGCUAAACCUCUCCCUUGCAGCACCGUCGUCGGUGGCGAUAAAGCGAAUGGACACAGUAUGCAGAGUAGCCAGGAAUGCAUAAACUCCCUCGCAUCAGACGAUCACACAGGAAUGGAUUCCUUCCACGAAUGCCUACAGGAAUACGGUGAAGGAUUAGAAGUAGUCCAGAUUUGUCUCGAGCCUGAAGAAGCUUCGAUAAAAGAUGAAGAAAUAUCUGCCUUUGGUGACCUUAGUUAUGAAGAGUAUAAGAAGGUUGAAACUACUCCGAAGAAUAGUGGAAAAGUUAAUGGAGUGUCCGAUAUGAAAUCAUCAAAAUCUGUCGAGUCGUUAGAAGAUCAAAAUGAUGAUAUGACUAUCACAGAGGACGAUGUAUUAGCAACGCCUAGAGAGUUAAAUUUAAGAAGCAAAUCCAUGGACAGAAAAGAAGUAGACGAAGAGAGGUGUCUGUCUAAACAACAGAGCAAAGAUAUCUCUACGUCUGACGAAAUGGUUUUUGCUGUGACUCCCACAGGUUUGGAAAGAAUUAGCUUUGAUAAAUAUUGGAAGGAGUGUGACGAAAGUAAAGUUGAGAAAACUAGACUGGAAAAAGUAAAAAGCGAUGAAAGUUGGAAGGAAUGCCUCAAUUCUCCGGACGAAACUACCAGUUUCUACGACGUGACUACGCGAACCUCCGUCCAGGAAGAAAACAGUUCUCUUUUGUUCAUCGAUCACGAAGUAGACGGGUAUGAAACGUGCCUCGACGAGGAUUCCUUGUCUGUAAAGUGUACAGUAAAAAACGCUCGUAAAACCAACGGCGAUCAUCACAUCAAAGACAAGAGUAAACACGAUAAAAUAGUUAGAAACAAAGACAACGACGUAAGUGCCAAAACUGUGAAUACACAGAACACUGCCAAUGCCGUGGACCAUUCGUCGUCUUACGGCCACCCAUACGUACAAGAGCAUAUAAUAAAGCAAAUGAAGUCCUUGAGGAUAGAACCAAUAAAUGUAAACAUAACUAGUAAUAAACUGAAGAAACGUAGUCCCACAAAACCGUCCAAGAAAGAGCGUAAAUGUGUUGAAUAUUACAACGAUCAAGAUGAGUGUUUGAAGGAGAUACGGCAGAAGAAAUUGGAAGCGGAAGAGAAGAAAUAUAAAGAAGAACAGAAAAUAAGAACGAAUAAUUUGGUGGCUAUGGAGAAGAAGUUGCAUUUGAAGCAAGAGCCUAGUGAAGAGUCAACAGAUUUGGAAAACAGUUACGUGCCGGGAUGCCAUAAGUGUUUUUUGGAGAAUUAUGCUUAUGCGAUAACUAAAGCGUAUAUAGCUGAAGCGAACGCCUGUAAAUAUUGUGAAGUGAUUAGAGACAUGUUGGAGGGGCCUAAGACACUCCCUGAUAGGCGCAUGUCGGCGCCUGCUUUAGUGAAUUUGGACAGUGGUGGUUCGGAAACUGAUGAUGAAGACCUUCUGAUGCCGCCGGUGGUGAAGGAUAGGAGGAAAUCAGCUGGGCCGUUGAAGUUCCUUGUGCCUUCGAGAAGAUCUAGCUUCAUCCCUCCAGCCAUGACGGUAACGGUGUCCGACCGCCGCACCGAGACGUUGGUGGCCCAGCGCUGGGGUCCUCCCAGACGAGUCACCCUCAGGCGGGCAUCUGGGGCCCCGCUGGGGGUCAGCAUCGUUGGUGGAAAGGUUGACAUCAUAACUGGUGAAGACGGGGAAGGCGAGGAGAAGGCGAUAUUCGGGAUCUUCAUUAAGAAUGUGGUCCCGGGCAGUCCUGCGGGGAACAGUGGAGAACUACAGACGGGCGACAGAAUCCUGGAGGUGGACGGCUCAUGUGUCAGGAACGCCCAGCAUGACAGAGCGGUGCAGCUGAUCAAGUCUGCAGGCGAUGUGGUCACCUUGACUGUGCAGAGUCUGCUGGCUUGGAACACAGACUCAUCAGACAUGGAGGCUGCGUCUCCCGUGACGUCACCCGCACACUCGGUACAUUCCAGGAAAUCCCCAGCUCCACCCAUGCCGAAAACCCCUCAGCAUGAGAUCAAGAUAACAGUGACAGAGGUAGAAAAGGAGUCAGAAUCGCAACCAGAGGAGCCCACGGAACCACCGCCGGAGGAGCCCAAGCCAGUCUACUCUGAUGAUUCUGAUGACAGCGAUGAAGAGGACGAGAGGGAUCUCGGCGGGAGGGUAUAUUCUGAUAAGGGAGUUGAGAUCGACCGUGCAUCGGCGGGCGCAGUGAAACGCAGCAAGGAGGAAAAAGAGGCGGAUCCAGAGGAGGAGGACGAAUUCGGCUACACGACCAAUAAAAUUCGCAAGAAGUACGCCUCACUAGGAGACAGCGUGGUCGCUGUGAAGCUAGAGAGAAGUCCCAAUGCUGGCCUGGGACUCAGUCUAGCCGGUCACAGAGACAGGAGCAGGAUGGCUGUGUUUGUCUGUGGCCUGCAUCCUGCGGGAGCUGCUGCCAAGGCCUCGCCGGCGGUCAAAGUUGGAGAUGAAAUCUUGGAGGUAAAUGGGGUUGUUCUUCACGGGAGGUGUCACCUCAACGCGUCAGCAAUUAUCAAGGGUUUGGUCGGGCCGGUGUUCAAGAUCAUUCUGCUAAGGCGCAAAUCAGCGUUGGAAGAUGUGGCAGUGAAACCUCUAACGCAAUCUCAGUUUCCAGUGGCCUUGGAAGAGGAGACAGAGGACAGGUUUGCUGGUUACAAAGGCGUCCGGGAUAUCACCAUCAAAAAGGGUCCGUCGGGUCUAGGCAUCAUGAUCAUCGAAGGUCGCCACACUGAGGCUGGGCGAGGCAUCUUCGUCUCCGACUUGCAGGAAGGCAGCGCCGCUGAACAGGCCGGUCUUCAAAUAGGCGACAUGAUCCUCGCAGUCAAUAGAGAUUCCUUGCUCAGGUGCAGUUAUGAUGCGGCAGCAGCUAAGCUGAAACAUACGGAAGGUGUGGUGGUCCUGACUGUGUGUACGCCGAACUUGAAGGAUGAUACUGAUACAGCCACUACUCCCGCCUCAGGAGGCAGCGCGUCACCGCGGCCGGCGGAGGCCGCGCCGCGCGCGCCCGAGCCCAGGCCGGCGCCGGCGCCUUCUCCUGUCAAAGCUGAGCCGCCUCCAGACCUGGCCACGGUGCAGAUCGUGCCCAAUCAAGAGACAGUGAUAGAAGUCAACACCAACAAGGAGUCACUGGGUAUGGUGCUGUUGGGUGGAUGUGACACUUUUAUUAACGGUCCAGCCGCUGUGGUCCUGGAUGUAUUCAACAAGGGCGCCAUCGGCAAGGACAAGCGCCUGCAGCCCGGGGACCAGAUCCAGCAAGCCAACGGGAUCACCAUCACCGAGCAGAUGACCAAUGAGAGGAUACGCAUGUCCAUCAUGCAGAAGCAGUUAAAGAUAAAGUUCUCAGUGUUCCGCCCCGAGCCGCAUGUGUUCGAGUUCCUGGAGGUGGAGCUGACUCGGAAGCCGUGUCGAGCGCUGGGAAUCUCCUUCAAGCCAUUCGAGUCCAAUGGAGGUGUUUAUAUCAUGGAAAUCUUGGCGGGAUCAGCGGCAGACCUAGACGGUCGCCUGCAGAAAGGUGACAUCCUCCUCUCGUGCGACGGGAAGGACCUCAGCAAGGCGGAGUGGCUGGACGCGGCAGUGACUCUCAAGCUGAUUGGGCUGAGGACGAAACUCAAGUUCAAGCGAUACAAGAUCGUCCGGUUAUAAGUUUAAGGGUCAAAAUGACUGACGCCAGCGAAUCCUCCGCUGGCGGCGUAGAUGUUGUGUAAAAUUCGAACAAAAUUAGCUAUUUGACUUGGUAUAACAAAAAGGCAUUUAAAUAUAGAAAUACUACAGAUAAAUGUCACUUUAAUUUCAUCAGUUUAAUUAAUGACGCGAUUUACAUUUUUUGCUUUGAUGAAAGGAAUGUUUUUUGACUCCAAAAUUUAGACGUAACAAGAUAGCAUUGUCAUAUAAUAAUUAUUUUUGAAAUUAGAAAAGAGUACCUUUCUAAUUGCCAAUUUUGAAUUAUCACGACAUCAGCGCUCCUGGCGGUGAAUAGCUGUAGUUAGUCCAUAUUAUGCCGCGUGAUAUGCGAGGGGUUAGAGGUUCCACGUAUGAUAAUGCUUAAACAAUUUUAAAAAGUUGUGUUUUAUUUUAAUGAUGGCAGUAUUUCAAGAAAUGUUAAUAUUGUUAAGUGAUAAAAGCGAAAUCCUUUCAUAGUUAAAUUAGUACAUGCUAUACAAUUUGACGGAGGGCUUAGUUUGUGGCAUAUAAAAAUAUUCUAUCAUUACGAUUAGAUUCCCAAACACGAUAAUACGUUUAACAACAAAGUUGUCUGUUAAUUUAUAUAGCUAAGUGUUACGUAAUUAAAAAAUAUAAUUAUAAUUUCUCUAUUUAAGGAAAAUAUUGAACACAAACUUCUGUUUAUCAUUAAAAAAUAUUCAGCCGUUAUUUGGAUAAAAAUUCCAUAAACUUUUAUUCCGGAUGAGGUGUCAACAUUUAAUUUCCAACAACUUUCAAUUUAUUGCUGUAUUUAACCAUCGGUAUGAAAGAUUGUGGAUUGUUUUCUAUUUCGAAAAUUUAACGCACUUUCUUCUUGCCCCUCCCAUAUCUGAAAUGGCAUAUAUGAAAAUCUACACUGUAUUUUAUAAGGAUUGUUGUCCUAUAGAGGGCGCUAGUAUGUAAGUGAAAUAAAGGCUUAUUUAUAAACUUUAUAACUCAAGACAUUUGUAACAAACUUUUAAUUGUGACUUUGACAUAAAAUAUGACAUGAUUUGAAAAUAUAAUUUAAAAUAUUCAAAUUAUAAUUUUGAUAUUAUUCUACCAAUAGUUGAUUACUACAGUGGCGCCCUCUAUAAUGGUAUGGUAUUAUUUUGGAAGAAUUAAAAGAUGCUGGUUGAGCUAUGUAAAUUUAUUUUGGUCCAAAAAUAUAUUCCACUUUAAACAUCGUUGAUAUGUAAGGCUUUUUAUAAAUUACUCUUUGGAAUUUUCUUUAAAAAAAAAACAAAAUUGGAGCGUGGAAAAGUGACCAGACAAUAAAUAAUUAAAUUUGUGUUUAUUGGUAUCACGUACCACGCUUUGAUUUAUUUUUGUUACAUCGUCGAAAUCAUUUUAAAUAAAUACAUACAAUAAGUGAUAUGAACAUUGCAUCCCAAAAUUAUUUUUCUAUGAUGUUUGAGUAGCGAAAUUAUCAGUUAAUUUUCUGUUGAGGUGUUCAAUUUAAGUGUAUUUGCUUCUGAUUUAGGAUACUGAUCGAUUUAAAAUUUAAAUAUCUUUAAAAAUAAGCCAUGGCUUUUAUUCACUCAGAAGUAAAAAUGUUUUUGGCGAAACAAAUUUUCAUACUUUUUUAUUUUAUAAGUUCAUUAAAAAAACAUAUUUGGUACUCAAGGACAUCUGUGACAAUUUAUUUUGGGAUUUUUUUUUAUUGACAAGGGAUAUUAAUAUUUUUUAUUGAAAUAAAAAAUAUUUAAUUAUCACAAUAUGCUUUAGACAUUAUGAUAAAACAAUGAUAUAUAUGUCAUAAAAUUCAAUAGAAACCAAUUGUUGUGUCAAAGUGACUUGACUUGCUUAUUUUUAUUUAAAUGAUGUUACAGCUACGUAGCCAAUCCAGCAAUUCUCAAAGUUUUUUUUUUAUGUGAGAAUCCAAUACCCUAUUUCUCCUGUGACCAAAUUUUUGUUAUCUACUUAAGGUUAAUGUAAUUAUUCCUCAUGAAUCCUACCAAAGUAAUUAUACAUUUUUAAAUUACCUAGAUCUUUAACUAUUGCCAACUUUUAAUAGAACUUAAAUGUAAGAAUUUCAGUAUUGUGUAGAAUAAGAUCUGAAUUGUUUUAAAUGUUGAUUAUUUUAGUAAUAGGCCGGAAUGACCCUUGGUUGUAGUAAUAGAUUUAUUUCGGUAUUUUCAUUCCUUGCAAAUAAGUAAAAUAAAUUUUAAAAUGUGAAGGUAAAUCUUAUUUUAGGAAAAACCUAAUUAAUUAUAUUAUUAAAUAUACCACAGAUGUAUUUGUAUUAUAUUAUAAUUACAUUUGAUUUUAUUGACUUAUUACUUUACAAUUAAUGUAAAGAUUUAUUUUUAAAUGUCACUAGUUAGAUUAUAUUUUAUUAUAAUCUCUUCAUACGUAUUGAUGUCUUUCUAUAAAAUGCCUUCUAAAUAAAUAAAAAAUAAUAUAUGCGCUUCAUAUUCCAACUGAUGUAAUGUAACACAUUGCUAGAAUGCUAGAAUGGAAAUGAACAAAUUACAAUUAGUAUAGCAGGGUAAUAAAUAAAAAGAACCUGAACCAGAUUUUCCACGUGUUUUCCAUGUGUAGAAAUAAUUAUAUUAGUAAAAUAUUAAUUGGCUAUCAAAAUAUUAUAAAAAGAGCCGCAACACUCUCACUGUAAUAAAGUUACCAAUAUUAUGUUUAUAAAUGCAUUUAAUAAAAUGAAUUGCGUAGCAUAAUUCUAAAUCUUUGUAAAUUGUAAAAAGUGUGUUUCGAAUACUAUCUUUAUUAUUUUUGAUAGACGUGGGUAGAUUUCUCCUUACAGUAACUACAGUAAGAAGUAAUAUAACUAGAAAAAUUGUAUGGCCUUAAUUAUAGAAAAAGUUUAUGUAAAAUCAUCAGAUUUUUAAUAAUAGGAAUGGAAUGCUGAAACCAUUGAUCAUUGUCACUAAUAUUGAAAUAUUAUUUAAUUAAAUAAUUUGCUUUCAUAUAUCAAAAUUACAACUUGCAAUGUUGAGUUUAUGAAAAAAAAAUUACUUGUUCGUAAUUCUUUACAAUUUAAGCCUUGUUUCAAAUUAAAUUUUAGUGAAAUCUAUCAUAGUGAGCACUGGUAUAAUAAUAAUUCAAUUUAUAGAUUUCUAGGUUAUACAAGUUAGUGUCGUAAAAUAAAUUAAUAAUAUUCUUGUGUUAUUGUUGAAUUUCAAAGAAUAUUCUUAAAUAUGUAUGCUUUGGGAUAUUGUGUGAAUUAGUCUCUCUGUAAUAAAUUGUGCGCAUUUUGAAA